CGCUGAAAAAGCUGUUUGGAAGGAAAGAAAAUUCAUAGUAUUUGAGUCACAUCUGCUAGAGUUGUUUAAAUCUUGUCCAUCAUGUGCAUCUUUAUGCCUAUUUCAAAUAAAGAAGACCAUAGGUUCAUUAGUAAAGGUAGAUCAAACCUGUGGUACCUGUGGGUAUGAGCGUACCUGGGACAGCCAGCCUAUGACUGGGUCUGUUCCUUCAGGAAACCUUCUCUUAUCUGCAGCAAUUCUAUUUACAGGGUUACUUCCUUCAAAAGCUCUGAGGUUCAUGGAACACAUAAAUAUUCAAACCAUUACACCAAAUACAUUUUUUCAACAUCAGAAGCAUUAUCUGCACCCAUCUAUCUGCUCUGUUUGGAAAACAUUUCAAGAUAAUUAUUUUCAAAAGAUGGUUGAGAGUGGUAAAGACUUGACGAUUGGCGGAGACGGUCGAGCAGACACACCAGGACAUUCGGCAAAAUUUGGAAGUUAUGCCAUUCUAGAUUUAGAACUGUCACUUGUGAUAAAUGUACAAUUAGUACAGAGCAAUGAGGUUAAAAGCAGUUACCACAUGGAGAAAGAAGGCUUUAUUAGAAGCAUCAAUUUCAUAAAAGAAAAAGGAUUAAAAAUUGCAGAAAUUGUGACAGACAGACAUGUACAGAUCGUAAAGUAUGUGCGAGAGGAAAUGCCUGAGACUAUACACCACUUUGAUGUUUGGCAUGUUGCUAAAGGUUUGAAAAAAAAGUUAACUGCCCUGUCUAAAGAGAAAGAAUGUGAAAGGCUACAGCUGUGGAUUCGCAGUAUUUGUAAUCAUCUUUACUGGACCGCAGCAUCCACUCCAGAUGGAAAUGGGCAAAUGAUGCUUGAAAAAUGGCAGUCUGUUGCAAAUCAUGUUCAAAAUAUACAUGAACACAACGGAGAUUUAUAUGACAGUUGUCUACAUGGCCCAUUAGAGGGUAUAGAAAGACACAAGAAGUGGCUUGAGCCUGGAACAAAAGUUGCUGAAAGAUUGUCGGACAUUGUUAUGUCAACACAGAUGAAAAAGGAUGUUCCAAAAUUAUCUCCUGGGCAACAAACAGCUUCACUUGAAGGAUUCCACUCUGUAAUUAAUCAUUUUGCUCCUAAAAUGAUUGGGUUUUCCUAUCAGGGGAUGCUAUCAAGAAUUCUUUUGGCUGCACUCCAUUACAAUGAGAAUGGCAUGAGAGAACAUGCCUCAACAAAAGAAGGAAACAAACGUUUCGACAUAAUUUUUCCCAAAUACAAGAAGGGAGAAUACACAGUUCGAGAAGUGAAGGUGGAAUGUACUUAUGAAUAUAUUGAACGUCUUAUGAAUUCGGCAGUUUCCCUAGCAGAGGAAUAUGCUAUGAAUUCAAGUACAGUGCUUGAUGAUCAGCCAGUCCCCCCUCCACUUUGUAGUUCAUUUGAAAGACCAGAGAAGACACGAGCCAUACAGGAAAAAAUGUCAAGAUAUACUAACAGAGCACAUGAAAACGAUGAAUGCGAGUCUUCUGAAUGUAGUUAGAAUGUUCUUGGCUGUAAAUAAUGUUAACUGGAUUU